AUGGAGAGUCGCUUGCACCUGUUCUCUACUCGCCCACGCUACCAUUUGCAUAACUGCCGUUGCCUCCUCGAGAGCUGUGUCCUCGCUCCUUCCCAACCUUGGCGGGAGAGAGGCAACCAAGUAUUGGAUCUGUCCAUUUACUCAAAUCAGGAGAUCAUUCAAGUAACUUAUGAUGGACCCUUUGUAACUCUCCAUUUUUUAAGUUUUCAACUGUUGGGACCGGACGGAAUACGCAAAAGCGGACCGAGUUUUCUGAGAAGAGAUAUUAAAAUAAGGACAAGCGACUGUGUUUUGAGGAUAACGAAAAAGCAGAAACCGUUGGAACAGCAGGGUUCUAAAAAAAGAAGUACAGAUAAAGAAGAAGGUACAGCUACUGUUUGCCGACAAAGUACUUUCACGAUGUACCGACCUGAUGCAGCGGCUACCAUCAGGACAGGAGCUGCCGCUAAGUACCAGAUGGAUCCGAUACCCCAAUGGCUAUCUAAAGUGAACUUGUGUAAGUGCUACCUGUUUCUGGUAACAGCAGUCCAUCAACAGCUGCCACCGCCGCGACACGGAGGAAAUGCAAAUCAGUACACCUUGACAAGUCGUUGGGCAGAAUUAUAUAUACCCAUCGCCGCGGACUACAAUUACACUAAUUGCACAAACAUACGGAGGCAGUUGAGGAACAGACGGAGGCUUGUAGAGAGGAAGCUCUUGCUUGGUCACGGAUGGAAGCUAUGUCGGUUCCGAACCAUUACCAAACCACUGCCUUCCCAGCCUUAUACACUUCCCAACCAAGUCACUAACUGCCAAGCCGCCAUCUUAGUCUUGGGUGGCUAUGCAAUCCGCUCUAAGUUAGUACUAAUACCACCGUCUGUGGGUAAGAGGAUGAACACAAUAACUUUCCAUUCCGAAGCCGGACAACUCUCUACGAGGAUAAAUCGAUUCCAAUUAGAGUCGAUCCCCGAAGUCCUACCUGGAACACAGAGCCAUCGGACGAUAAUCGAGUAUUUACAGAGGAUGUUAGGCAAUGAGAUCGACCACCUGGUUCUUGAUUCGGCAGGAUUGCUGACUAUUUACAGGCCGGCUCUGCCCAAUAGCGACGGACUAAUCAACUCCUUGAUGGAGGAUAUGGAGAGUACUAUCUGGGGUUUCGCCACUGACCCAAAUCGCGUCGAUUACGGUCUGUUUUCGAGGCGCCAAGGGUCAUCAUCAACGUCUGCGGUGUGUCCUCUUUGGAUUGGGAUGGCAAGGGUGUGAUAA